AUGGAAUUGGGGGAGGGCGGGAAGCCAUGGACGGGGCUCUGCACGGUGGUGGCGGUGGAUUCGAGCUCCACGAGUUACAGGGCCUGCGGCGUCUGCGAGCGGACCCUCUCCGACGGCGCCUGCCAUUACUGCAGCCGCAAUGGCUUCAACCCCGGUUCUUGCGCCGACAGGCGCUUCUUUCGUCUCCUCGUGAGUAUCCCCUCCCUCUCCCGAAUUUGAGGAGCCAUCGAUCCUUUAACACGAGAUGGGAGCGUUUGAGUGAUCCCUCUCAUUCUCUGCUCUUUCUGGUCAGAUCUUCAUCGGCCCAGGGGAGGUUCAUUGAACCGAGGAAUUCAUAAUCUUCUGAUCUCUGUGGGUAUUAUGCUUGCAGAUCUCUGUGGCUACACCCGACAGGGUCGUGGCGGUGAUGUGCUUCGACAGGGUGGCGCAGGGUCUCUUCGGCUGCCCUGCUGACGAGUUCUUUGACUUCUGCAGAGUCAACCCAGAUGCGGGUAGCGAUGCAAUCCAUCCCGCCGUCCCUCUUCUCUGUCAGCUUGUAAGAUCUUCGAAUGAGGCCGUUGACCGAGAGAUCCUCUUUUCCUCUCUCUCCUUCAGCGGAGACCGCCUGCAGGAUGCUGGAGGGCGAGCCGUUCAAGAUGGCGUUGACCAGACCAAGGAGCGGGAGCGCCCAACACCUCAGGGUCAGCUCCAUGGUCCCUCUGUCCUCCGAAUUCCGGCCUCUGAUGGAGCUCCUCAAAGCCGGGAGGUCCACGCCGAGCAGGAUGAUGAGAACCAUGUGA